CACACAUCAGGCGAAAAACCCGAACAAGAGUUUCGUCCAAGUUUCAACCGAUUCAACUCGUUCGUCAAUGGCCUGCAAAAUGUUGAACCUAAAUCCAAUUUUUCUUAUUUUGCUUUUGACGCUUUUGAGUUCCAGUCAUGGAAGUGCCAUCGAAUCUCCUCUUUGUGGAGGACGAGUUUUUGUCGAGAAUACGGUCGUGAUUGAAGCUCCAGUUCACGAAAAUUGUCACUGGGACAUUCAAACGCAAGACGAUCGUAUCCUCGUCAUCACCGCGCUCGACGGAAACCUCAAAGAAGCUCAGGAUUUUCUAGCUAUUCACGACGGACCCGGUAAAGAUUCGCCCAUUCUACUCGUAGAGAAUCAAAAGAUGCACGCGGUUUCAAGAAAAGACAUGCCAGAGGCCGUGUACACGACACAGUCGACGGCGAGCAUCCGAUUCAAAAAGGCGCCAACUUCAAAUUUACAGCUCAAAAUUCAAAAGGCAAUCGAUUGUCCCUUCAGUCUGGGAACAGAGAGCCAAUGCGGACGAGUAGUCGACGCAGUUUCGUGCUACUGCGCUACUUUCACUCAAAGAAGUCAUGAGAGCCAAACGACGUAUUGUAACAACCACAAUAUGAAAUUGCUGACGCUGGAAACGUACGAGAAGGAGAGAGCCAUUCACGCUGCAUGGGGCUAUGAAGCCUAUUUUUGGACCUCUCUGGUCGAUACGCAACGGGAAGGACAUUGGUAUUGGCAAAGUACAAGCGCAAAUUUGUAUCCUGGGUAUGCAAAUUGGUGUGACAGUCAGCCCGAUGAUAGUUAUGAUGAAGACUGCGGGCACAUCAAUGGGGGCUUGACUGGAUGCUGGAACGACAAUCUUUGCAGCCGUGCAUUGAAUGCCAUCUGUCAAGCCAUUCCUUAGUUCUGCAAUGCAAAUAUACUCCCUCCCGCUGUUCUGUUACGGUACUACCGCCUAGCCAACGAGUAACAUGAAUAUAAACUGCGCCAGCAAAAAUGGUCCAAUUGA